UUUGUCCUAAGCAUAUCUUAACUGUUAAACUCGCGCUAAGACACUCGCUGUAAACACUACUAUUUGCUUACAGUCUUUCAAAAUUUGUUCGAUGGAUUUAUCGAUUCCCUCUCCUCUCUCCAAAGCUUAUCCUCCUUCAACGUUCCUCUCCAGUCAAUCCCAUAAGUUGCCGCCAUCUCCAUGUGUCCAUUACUUGAAUUUCAAGUCCCGAAACUCCUCCCUCAAAAAUACGUUGGUUUCCCGCCAAACCCUGCCAAUCAGAGCUCAGCUUUCGGAUGAGACGGUGGAUGACGGGUUUGUCCUGGAUGACGUCCCUCACUUGACUAAUUUCCUCCCUGAUUUGCCGUCAUACCCGAAUCCUAUACAAAAGAGCCAAGCAUAUGCUAUCGUCAAGCAAACUUUUGUCCGUCCAGAAGAUGCGGUUGCUCAGAAGAUUGUUGUUCAUAAGGAUAGUCCCCGAGGAGUACAUUUCCGGCGUGCAGGGCCACGAGAAAAGGUCUAUUUCAAAUCAGAGGAAGUGCGUGCUUGCAUAGUAACUUGUGGGGGUUUAUGCCCAGGGAUCAAUACAGUCAUUCGGGAGAUAGUUUGUGGCUUGAACUAUAUGUAUGGUGUUGAUGAUGUACUUGGCAUUCAGGGAGGAUAUAGAGGCUUUUACUCUAAAAACACCUUGCCAUUAACACCUAAAGUUGUGAAUGAUAUCCACAAACGUGGUGGUACUUUUCUUCGCACUUCACGAGGAGGUCAUGAUACCCACAAGAUUGUUGAUAACAUCCAGGACAGGGGAAUCAAUCAGGUUUAUAUUAUUGGAGGAGAUGGUACCCAGAGAGGAGCAGCUCGGAUUUAUGAGGAAGUUGAGAAACGUGGUCUUCAAGUAGCAGUUGCUGGCAUCCCCAAGACAAUUGAUAAUGAUAUUGCAGUGAUCGACAAAUCAUUUGGUUUCGAUACUGCUGUCGAAGAAGCUCAGAGGGCCAUUAAUGCUGCACAUGUGGAGGUGGAAAGUGUGGAAAAUGGCAUUGGAAUUGUCAAACUCAUGGGCAGAUACAGUGGUUUCAUUGCUCUGUUUGCAACAUUGGCAAGUCGAGAUGUGGAUUGCUGCUUGAUUCCAGAAUCUCCAUUCUACCUGGAAGGCAAAGGUGGGCUCUUUGAGUUUAUCGAAGAGCGGUUAAAAGAGAACAGGCAUAUAGUUGUUGUGGUUGCAGAAGGGGCUGGGCAGGGAUAUGUUGCGCAGAGUAUGCAUGGAAUUGAUGAGAAAGAUGCAUCCGGAAACAGGCUUCUCCUUGAUGUUGGUCUGUGGUUAACUCAAAAUAUCAAGGAUCACUUUACUAAGGAGCGGAAGAUGGAAAUAAAUAUGAAAUACAUUGAUCCAACAUACAUGAUACGAGCUGUUCCAAGCAAUGCAUCAGACAACAUUUACUGCACUCUUCUUGCUCAAAGUGCUGUGCAUGGGGCCAUGGCUGGGUAUACAGGGUUCACAGUUGGACCUGUGAACAGCAGACACGCCUAUAUUCCAAUUUCUCAUGUUACUGAGACUCAAAACACAGUGAAGUUGACAGAUAGGAUGUGGGCUAGACUUCUUGCUUCCACGAAUCAACCAAGUUUCCUCAACUGUGAUGAAGCAAUAGGGGGAAAAGUGUGUAAAGACACCAUUGACUUGAUCAACAACAUGAAGAUUACGUCUAUUUAGAAUUUGAUGGAUAUAAGCUCAGAUGCAAACAAGUCAUUGUAAGCUUCAUCCAUUGCUUCUAAUAAUUCUGCCAAAAUCUCUUCAACCGCAGCAUGCUUCUUUAUCCGUCAUUUAGCUCCUAUCUCCGUCCUUACGUAUUUGUUCACAAUUUGGGUUUGUAUUGUAUCGCAAGCAUUUGCUAUCAUAAUGACCCAUUGCCAAUAUGUUUGUAAAUUAUAUUGAACAAGAAUUCUUUUAAUUUCAAAGUUUAUCAACGCAGAAUAUUUCAAAUAUAUUAAUCGAUUCAUCUGCUAUUGAUUAA